AUGGCUUUUCGGGAGCUCUUACUANUCAGUAGCAUNUUGGCGAUUAUCAGAACUCAAAAUAUUUCUGAUAAUCGUCCAAAACAUAUAAUUCCACACCAUUAUACUAUUAAANUUGCGCCNUUNGCGACAANAGAUGCUUUUCAUGGAGAAUGGAUACUCGCAACUAAUACCCUCGUAACUGGAACUAGUAUAUUUCCAUNNUUGGAAGAUGAUCCGACAGUCAAGACUACUUUUAACAUUUCCAUACUGCACCAUAAAUCUAAANUAGCUUUGUCGUCUAUGCCGAUGCGAGAGUUUGAAUCAGUAAAUAAUAACAUGAUGUGGACGCAUUUUCACACCACUCCUUUUAUAAGUACUUACGAAAUAGCUGCAAUUAUAAUUCCGAAAUCUACAAUGAAUAUGAAGAAUACAUCNAUNGGCAAUAUNGUANUGUGGAACAAAUCUACCUCACUGCCGAGUGAUAUACAAAUCGAUUCUCUUUGUUUUGAAAUUGCAAACAAAGUCAUGAAGUUUUAUAUAAACAGAUUUGGUGAUCUCAGAAUACCAAAUAUUACUUUUAUUGCAAUUCCUGGUUUUCAACACGAUACUAUAGCAACAUUGGGUCUUGUACUUCACAGNGAAGAAAAGAUAAUGUUCGACGAUGCGUUACCAGUAACUUCCUUUGUACAGAGGAACAGUAUACAUCGUUUUAUAGCACGUCAAAUAGUAUUCCAAUGGUUUAUUGGUUUAUACAAACCGUCAUUAUGGUCAUACCAAUGGUUUAAUGCCGUAGCAGAAUUUUUUGGAAUUUAUGCACUUANUCAGAUAUACGAAACCACNANAAUGAUGAAUUGGUUUGUAGUACACACACUACAUGAGUCUCUUCAUUUGGACGUUGAUAAUUUAAUGGAACCGAUUAUAGGACAAAAAAAUACUUUGUCNAAUGCUACACUUUCUACGCGUAUACCGCCAUUUAUCAAAGUACCCGUUGUACUGCGCAUGAUGGAAUACGUGAUGCAACACAGAUUUUGGAAGGAUACAAAGGCUUAUUUACUAAAUGAAACUUACAAGCAGAUUAUUUCUGCCGAAGUACCUUAA